AUGCUGCUUCGUAACAAGUCACAGAAGGAAUUGAUUACCCUCUCACGCCAACUAAUUCAACCACUUCUCCCCAAUUUUCAUAAAGGUCAAGCAGGGAGAAUAUGUAUCAUUGGUGGGAACGAAGACUACACUGGCGCUCCGUUCUUUUCUAGCCAUUCUGCUGCUUUGGUUGGUGCUGAUUUAUCUCAUGUAAUUUGCGAAAAACAAGCAGCACCAAUAAUAAAGUCGUAUUCACCCGAUUUAAUGAUUCAUCCAUAUUUGCUUGACUUGGAGAACCCAGCAUUGAAAUUGAAGGAUGGAGAGCUAGAGGAUUUGAAAAAGAUGUCCAUUGAAGAUGUUUUGAAUCAAACCAAUGUUCUCACCAAAAUAAUUGAUGAUGUCAUUUUGCCAAAGGUUCAACCAUUACUAACUAGAAUGGAUAUCGUUGUGGUUGGACCAGGGUUUGGCCGUGACCCGUUAAUGUUAAAGUCAUUGGUGAGAAUAAUUGAAGAGAUUAAAGUCUUGAAUAAGCCAAUUGUGCUAGAUGCUGACUCAUUGUACCUUUUAUCAAUAGAGCCAAAAUUGAUUUCAAACUACUCAAAGGCAAUCAUUACACCAAAUAUUGUUGAAUUUCAACGCAUUGCUACAAAGCUUGACAUUGAAAUCGAUAUUUCCAAAGACUAUUCAGAACAAGUCUUGAUUGAUCAAACUCAGAAAUUGUCGUCAAAAUUGGGCGAUGUAUUGGUGUAUCGUAAAGGUGAGGUUGAUAUAAUUGCCAAUUCAAAGAGUGUCGUCCUUAAUAAUUCCUCUGGAUCCAACAAACGUGUAGGUGGACAAGGUGAUACACUUACUGGUGCAAUCGCAACAUUGGUGAACUGGUCAAACCAUUACUUGGACAGCUAUUGGGACAACAAGGUUGACUUGGAUACAAAUGAUGCCCAUAUCCUUGCAUGCUACUCUGCUGGUACUCUAGUCAGAUUAGCAGGCCAAAAGGCAUUCAAGAAAUAUGGCAGGUCAAUGCAAACUUCCAACAUACACGAAUUUUUACAUGAGGCUUUUCUUGAGCUAUUCGAUGAUAGUUUAUUUAGGUUUGGUAGUAAUAUGUAG